AUGUUCUCCUCGGGUGCUCACCUGGCCAGGACCGUCCUCCGGGCCGCGCCCAGCCACCAUGUCCCCUCGGUCGCCGGGAUGGCGGCCCGCCUGUCGGCCGUCGGCCUGCAUGACAAGCAGUCCCGCGCCGCGGCCCCGGCCACGGCCACCCCGACCACGGUGGUCCGGACCAUGAUGCGUGGCAUGCGCGCCAAGCAUUACUACACCCCCAUCAACUCGUACUUCCCCGAGCGCCCGGAGGAGCCGGCCAUCCCGCCGGAGUUCGAGACCCUGCCCGCGACCGUGGACAACGACUCGGACAUCGAUCACCUGGCCGAGGAUCUUCUCGGCCCCAUGGUCAACCAGAGCUUCCCCGGCAUGUUCGACGAGAAGAAGGAUAGAUACAUCUCCGAGGAGGCCAUGACCCUGAUCGGGGCCAUGAUGUCCAACCCCAACCAUCGCGGCUUCGAGUCGAUUCGCGCCGCGCUCCGGGCCACCCGCGCCGACAACCUCCUGGACGAGGAUUCCACGGAAUCGUCGGCCCGGGCGCGCCUGCUGGCCGCCCUGGAGGAAUCCGGCCUCCGGUCCGAUGGCAUCACCCCGGGCCUGGGUUCCGAUGAGCUGGAUGCCGGCUACGACUCGGAGGGGGCCCUCGAGAGUUGCCGCCUGCCGGGGCCUUUCGUGUUCGAUUUCCAGAAGCACCGGACCCUGUUCCCGAUGUCUGGGCGUCGCUUUGCCGCGGACUUCCAGCAGCUGCUCGGGGAGCUGGAGCGCCGGCGGCAUUUGCUCCCGGGCGCCGCGGCCACCGGGGACGAGGCGGCCCCCUUCCGGUCGUCUCUCGAGGACCUGGCCCAGCUGACCAGCACUCCCACCACCCCGACCCAGGUCGGCACCGCCGGGCACAUUGUCAAGGUCCUGUCUUCCUUCGUGGACACCGAGCGCUUCCUCUUCUCGCGCGACACCACCAAGCUGGCCCAUGAGGCGGAUCUCGUGGCCCUGGUGAGCACCCUGCGGUCGUACCUGGACUCCCUGGACCGGGAGAACCCCCUGCAGUUGGGCCCGAUGCUGGCCGAGCAUCCCAACCUCCCGAGCACCCUGGCGGCCCUCUUCCAGUACCAGUAUGGCCCCACGGCCCUGGCCGUGAUGGAGCAGCUGCCGGAGUUUGCCCGGCCGCUGAAGGAUGCCGCUGCCCAGGUGGAGGACCUGUCGCGGCAGCUGUUCCAACUUCGGCCGGCCAUCUCGGCCGUGGCCGAGCUCCUCAGCCAGAAGUGGACCGUCCUGACGUUCGACUUCUUCGACACCCGCUCGCUGCUGUACACCGAGCUGCGCAACUACCUGAAGCAGCAUGACCAGCAGGAGCUUGCCCAGUCGGUGAGCACCAUGUUUGCCUUCAUCCCGGCCCUGGUCCAGGAGUAUGCCCAGAUCAAGGCCGGCAAUGAGCGCACCCUCAAGACCCACUUCUUCCGUCGGCCGCGGCUGCCGAGCGACUUCUACCAGGCCACUGGCGCGGCGGCCACCGCCGACGCGGAGGCGGCCGGUGCCUCGGCGGCCGCCACCGGCACCACUGGCUCCGGCGACCGGGCCAGCUUCAUGCAUGGCGAUCAGAACAUGUGGGCCGAGGUGGCUCCCAUCUACCUGAGCGACAAGGGCCUGUCGGUGCGCAUCCCGGACCACGCGUUCCAGAUCCACAGCCCGACUGUCCUGCGUGACCAGGCCCUGCUCGGUGCGCCGAUCCCGGAGGACGCCGACCCGGAGUACCCCACCUACGAGUUCAUGACCGGCGCCGAGCUGUAUGCGCGCGAGGCUCUCAUUGAGGAUGAGCAUUCGGAAUUCGAGGAGGAGAAGGAGGAUGUCACCCGGCGCUCGAUGCGUGUUGUCAAGGGCAAGUACAAGUUCGCCCGGCGCAUGGCCCCGAAUGUCGACCGCCGCAUGCACAAGCAUGAGGCUCGCAAGCGUCAGCUCCGCCAUUACAUGGGUGCCCUCAUCAGCCGUAUCCAGCUUUCCACCCUGGAGCAGCAGAUCAAGUGCGUGUUGCUUUGUUUCUUCGGCUCGAGGGCCACCUGGAUGUCCGACUGGACGGUGGCCAAUUGCUGA